GGAAUGGCCUUAAGUCAGACCUCUAAGCUCAUUACUCAGCAGGCAAUUCAGAUAGGGAAGCAACCUGAUGAGUGUAAUGAAUGUGAAGCAAUCUCAGCCCAUCAUUCAUCUCUUCCUUCCCAAUCUAGAGUUGACUCUGGAAUGAAAAAACCUUUAUCUGGUGAGUGUGGGAAGGCCCAUAGUUGGAACUCAGACUUUGAUAGAUCUCAGAAGAUUCAUCCUGGAGAGUUUUAUAAAUAUAAUGAAGAUGGGAACAUCUUCACACGGAGAUUCUUUCUAGUUAUACCUGAGGGAAUCCACACUGGUGAGAAACCUUUUGAAUGUAAUCACUGUGGAAUGACUUUUGCAUCUAGUUCCACUUUAAGUAAGCAUCAGAGAAUCCACACUGGAGAGAAACCUUUUAAAUGUAAUCAAUGUGGAAAGGCUUUUACACGCAAUACAAAUCUUAAAAUACAUCAGAGGCUUCAUACUGGAGAGAAGCCUUAUAAAUGUAAUCAAUGUGGAAAAGCUUUUACAUGCAAGAGACAUGUUAGCAACCAUCAGAAAAUCCACACUGGAGAGAAACCUUAUACAUGUAAUCAAUGUGGAAAGACUUUCAUAUACAAUUACAGGCUUGUUGAACAUCAGAGAAACCACACAGGUGAAAAGCCUUAUAAAUGUAAUCAAUGUGGAAAAGCUUUUACAUGCAAGAGACAUGUUAGCAACCAUCAGAAAAUCCACACUGGAGAGAAACCUUAUACAUGUAAUCAAUGUGGAAAGACUUUCAGAUACAAUUACAGCCUUGUUGAACAUCAGAGAAACCACACAGGUGAAAAGCCUUAUAAAUGUAAACAAUGUGGAAAGGCUUUCAUAAAGAAAGUAAUUCUUACUUUACAUCAGAGAAGCCACACAGGAGAGAAGCCUUAUCAAUGUAAUCAAUGUGGAAAGUGUUUCAUAUUCAAGGGAGAUCUUACUAAACAUCAGAGAAUCCACACUGGAGAGAAACCUUUUAAAUGUAAUCACUGUGGAAAGGCUUUCAGACUGAGUUCCGUUUGUUCUUUACAUCAGAAAACCCACACUGGAGAGAAACCUUUUAAAUGUAAUCACUGUGGAAAGGCUUUCAGACAGAGUUUCAGUCUUGCUUUACAUCAGAGAAUUCACACUGGAGAGAAACGUUUCGAAUGUAAUCACUGUGGAAAGGCCUUUACAAAAAGGUCCCUCCUUGUUACACAUCAGAGAAUCCACACUGGAGAGAAACCUUUUAAAUGUAAUCAAUGUGGAAAGGCUUUCCUAAAGAAAGUAAUUCUUACUUUACAUCAGCGAAGCCACACAGGAGAGAAGCCUUAUCAAUGUAAUCAAUGUGGAAAGUGUUUCAUGUGCAAGGGAACUCUUACUAAACAUCAGAGAAUCCACACUGGAGAGAAACCUUUUAAAUGUAAUCACUGUGGAAAGGCUUUCACACAGAGUUCCAUUCUUACUAAACAUCAGAGAAUCCACACUGGAGAGAAACCUUUCGAAUGUAAUCACUGUGGAAAGGCCUUUACAAACAGGUUCCUCCUUGUUACACAUCAGAGAAUCCACACUGGAGAGAAACCUUUUCAAUGUAAUCAAUGUGGAAAGGCUUUCACACGCAAGGGAGGUCUUAGCAGACAUCAGAAAAUCCACACUGGAGAAAAACCUUUUAAAUGUCAUCAAUGUGGAAAGGCUUUCAUAUCUAAGUACAAACUUACAGAACAUCAGAGAAUCCACACUGGAGAAAAGCCUUUUAAAUGUAAUCCAUGUAGAAAGGCUUUCACAUGCAAGGGAGAUUUUAGCAAACAUCAGAAAAUCCACACUAGAGAGAAGUCUUUCACAUGUAAUCAAUGUGGAAAGACUUUCACACGUAAUGACCACCUUGUUGCCCAUCAGAGAAUCCACACUGGAGAGAAACCUUUUAAAUGUAAUCAAUGUGGAAAGGCUUUUACACGCAAUACAAAUCUUAAAAUACAUCAGAGGCUUCAUACUGGAGAGAAGCCUUAUAAAUGUAAUCAAUGUGGAAAAGCUUUUACAUGCAAGAGACAUGUUAGCAACCAUCAGAAAAUCCACACUGGAGAGAAACCUUAUACAUGUAAUCAAUGUGGAAAGACUUUCAGAUACAAUUACAGCCUUGUUGAACAUCAGAGAAACCACACAGGUGAAAAGCCUUAUAAAUGUAAACAAUGUGGAAAGGCUUUCAUAAAGAAAGUAAUUCUUACUUUACAUCAGAGAAGCCAUACAGGAGAGAAGCCUUAUCAAUGUAAUCAAUGUGGAAAGUGUUUCAUAUUCAAGGGAGAUCUUACUAAACAUCAGAGAAUCCACACUGGAGAGAAACCUUUUAAAUGUAAUCACUGUGGAAAGGCUUUCAGACUGAGUUCCGUUCGUUCUUUACAUCAGAAAACCCACACUGGAGAGAAACCUUUUAAAUGUAAUCACUGUGGAAAGGCUUUCAGACAGAGUUUCAGUCUUGCUUUACAUCAGAGAAUUCACACUGGAGAGAAACGUUUUGAAUGUAAUCACUGUGGAAAGGCCUUUACAAAAAGGUCCCUCCUUGUUACACAUCAGAGAAUCCACACUGGAGAGAAACCUUUUAAAUGUAAUCAAUGUGGAAAGGCUUUCAUAAAGAAAGUAAUUCUUACUUUACAUCAGAGAAGCCACACAGGAGAGAAGCCUUAUCAAUGUAAUCAAUGUGGAAAGUGUUUCAUAUGCAAGGGAACUCUUACUAAACAUCAGAGAAUCCACACUGGAGAGAAACCUUUUAAAUGUAAUCACUGUGGAAAGGCUUUCACACAGAGUUCCAUUCUUACUAAACAUCAGAGAAUCCACACUGGAGAGAAACCUUUCGAAUGUAAUCACUGUGGAAAGGCCUUUACAAACAGGUUCCUCCUUGUUACACAUCAGAGAAUCCACACUGGAGAGAAACCUUUUCAAUGUAAUCAAUGUGGAAAGGCUUUCACACGCAAGGGAGUUCUUAGCAGACAUCAGAAAAUCCACACUGGAGAAAAACCUUUUAAAUGUCAUCAAUGUGGAAAGGCUUUCAUAUCUAAGUACAAACUUACAGAACAUCAGAGAAUCCACACUGGAGAAAAGCCUUUUAAAUGUAAUCAAUGUGGAAAGGCUUUCAUAUAUAAGUACAAACUUAAAGAACAUCAGAGAAUCCACACAGGAGAAAAACCCUAUAAAUGUAAUUGAUGUGGAAAGGCUUUCACAUGCAAGACAGAUCUUAACAGACAUCAGAAAAACCACUCUGGAGAUAAACAUUUUAAAUGUAAUCAAUAGGGAAAGGCUUUUACACACAGUGUCUGUCUUACUAGACACCAGAGAACUCACAUUGGAAAGAAACCUUUUGAAAGUCUUCAGUGUGGAAAGGCUUUUGCACAAAAGUGAAACCUUGUUGAACAACCUUGUGUGAACUCACGCUAGAGAGAAACAUUUUGAAUGUAGUCAGUGAGGAAAGGAUUUCACACCAAGGUCCUUUCCAGCUGCACAUCAGAGAAUCCACCCUGGAGAGAAAACUUAUAAAUGAAGUUAAUGUGGAAAGGCAUUCAGUUACAAAUCCAAUAUUCGUAAAUGUCAGAGAAUGCCCACUAAGGAGAAGCAUUGUGAUAAUAAUGAACAUGAAAUGAUUCCACAAAGACUUCCCAUCUGGCUGUAUAUGAGACAAUUUACACGGGGGAGAAACCUCAUAAAAAAUUCAACAUGGAAAGGCUUUCAGCAAAGGCAGGGGCCCAAGCCCAAGCUAACUACCAAACACUUAAUGGCAGCACAAAGGAAACUCUAUUCUACUGGCAGAGAAUAUGCAGGAGGCAGUGCCGCUUCCAUUAUAGGCACCCUAGAUAGCAGAGUAUCAUGGUGGGUGAGGGCCGGGAAGAAGGCUCAGUGUGGGAUUAGGCUGAGAGCCAGGGAGGAGUUCUGACCCUGAAAUAACCCACUGAACAUGGAGUAGUUACCAACUGGAGGCUUGUGGAGAGCUGGGCCCAUGCUUUCUAUAUUGUAUUCCAUGAGACCACCAAAGAGCUCCUGAACUGCUCACAGAAGCCCCCUGACUCCAAAGCAAAGAAAGGUGACACAGAUUUCAGCCCCCUGCCAUGUUCACUGCCAUCCUGCCUGGCUGCCUCCCUGCCUCUGGCUGUACCCCUGGGGUUAUGAUCAACUCUGGGGAUGAUGGGACCCACCCAGUGCCUGUGUUUGAAGCUGACAUCCUUUCAGGAGCCAAACUCUUCCUGGCUCUGACUGGCUGGGAUCUGACAGACUCCUGCAUGAAGAUUUGCACCCAGGACAUUUUCCCUCCUGCAGCUAUUGAGAGCUAGAAGAUGUGACAUCAGGAGCUUAGGGCCCCGGGUUUUGCGUAGGAGCCAGUCUUUGCCGUAUGCAGCUGCCUCUGGAAAAGAGUGCUGAUGUCCCUGAGGGUCAGGUCAUCGGCCUUGGCAGGGCUAGAGCUGCAGCCCAGAAGCUCUCUGCCUGUGGAGUCCACCAAGCUCCCUUCAGCUCCAUCAGGUGUGAGGUCAGUAUGGGAGGCUUGUCUGCCCAUCCUGAGUGGUCAGGGGUCAUCACUGCAUACCCAGGCCUUGCUGGAGGGAAGCACAAAGAGAUGACUGCCCCAGCCUCCAACCCAGUGAAAAUCAAGCUCAUUCUCAUGCUUCCUUUCCUGUUCCUUCUGAGCUUCCUGCUUAAGCUUAGUCGUCAGCUGAGAAUUCAGAGCUUCUUUAGGGCUUUUCAGCCCAUAAGCCCCAUUCAGCAGUUGUGGAUUAAGAAGCUGGGACCUGCUGAAGCACAAUUGGUUCUAAAUGGACUCCUCCUAGUUUGGGGGUUUUGUCUUGUUUUUCAAAAACUCAUGAACAGAUAAUUCUGUCCCCUUCCCCUAUAAGAGAUCAGAUGGGCCAGCUUUUUGGAGGGGGAUUACAUGACUUCUGCAAUGUAGUUUGAGGAUUAUAAUUGUAUGUUUUAGAAAUAAUCCUUCUGAUGGCCCUGGCUCUCUUCCACAGUGAGAUGAUUCAGGCCAGUUCCAGUGAUGGGGAGAGCCAUCUGCCCUUGGAGAAAGGCUUAUGGAAAUUGAAUGAGGAUAACAAUAUCCUAUUUUCACUCUUUUUGUUGUUUGCUUGUAAUUUGUUUUCUUCUGAUUUUUUUCCUUUUUGAUGUGAUUUUUCUUGUGCUUCCAAACAAUUGUGGAAAUAUGUACAGAAGAAUUGCACAUUUGACAUGUAUUGGAUUACUCACUGCAGGGCUGGGGCAAGGAUGGAAAACAUUUAGAACACAAGGUUUUGUAAGGGUGAAUGCUGAAAAUUAUCCAUACACAUCAUUUGAAAAUAAAAAGCCUUAAUAAAAAAAUAAUCAUUCCAGAUAUUUCAUAAUGCAGUGAGACUGAGGGUUUCUUGCCUCUAGGAAGCCUGUCCUGCUUCAUAAAAAGUAGCUAGUUAACAUCAGUCCAGAUGUGGAAGAGAAAGGUGGAGUCGAGGAGGUACAGGUAUUGUUGUACAUGGAAAUGAUGUGACAUAUAAAAAAUAAAAAAGUUCUCUUUGUA